AUGAAAUCCGAAACAUGUGUUCGGGAUACAGAAAUCGAGCAUUCGCAUGGAUUUUGGCAAGCAGCUAAACUAUACUAUCCGGCAGCAUUGUGGGUUCUCUAUGUGAACCUCGCAACUGUACUCAAGGGUAUGGAUGGAGGUAUCACUGGAAGUCUGAUCGGUCUUGACCCUUUCAAGAAGACCUACGGACAUCCUUAUAACGAUACCUACGUCGUUCCAGCUGCGUGGGUCAGCGCUUUCGGCUAUGCAAACAAUAUUGGUGGUGUCUGUGGUGCUUUGUUCUCUGGUAUUGUCUACGAAAAAUGGGGCCCUCGAAGGAUGAUCGCAGCCUGCUCUCUUGGAUCGAUUGGUAUCAUAUUCCUCCAGUUUUUCAGCACCACGCCUGCACAACUGUUUGUUGGUCAAUUACUCAAUGGCGCGAUCAUCAGCUUCUUCCCUAUCUGUGCGUCGGCAUAUACAAGUGAGGUAUCCCCGCUGGCCUUGAGAGGCGUGAUGGCUUCUUUGACGAAUCUUGCGUUUAUCUGCGGCAAACUCAUCUCCUCGGGGAUCAUGAAGGGGACAAGCUCCAUUGAAACUUCCAUGGCUUACAGAAUUCCUAUCGCUACACAAUGGGCUCUUCCAGUGUUCAUGCUAUCUUUAGUGUACUUCUGCCCUGAUCCCCCAUACUGGCUCUGCCGGAAGGGACGACACGAAGAUGCUGCACGAUCACUCGAGCGUUUUGCAACCAAAGAGGUCAAUACCAAACUCACACUCGCUAACAUUUUGGAGACGCUGCGUUUGGAAGAGCCAUCGAAGCAAGAUCGUCCAAGCUACCUAGAUUGCUUCCGUGGCACAGACCUCAGGCGUUUGAUCAUCUGUGUGAUGGCAUACGAUAUGCAAGCCUUCACAGGCAACAUGUUGUUCAUCAGCUAUGCGGUCUACUUCUUCGAGAUGGCUGGCUUGGACUCUGCAAAUGCAUUCUCUAUGAACAUCGGAUUGACCGCUCUUGGGUUUCUUGGUACUUGUGCUGCUUGGCCACUUUUGUCCUACGUUGGAAGACGUCCAGCAUACCUGUUUGGUACGAUUGGUCUUGCCACAAUUAUGUUCCUCAUCGGAGCCAUUGACUUCGCACCAAGAACGACCUCCGCGCCCACUUGGGCUCAGUGCGCAUUGAUGCUUCUAGCAAAUUUGGUCUACGACACGACUAUCGGGCCGUUCUGCUACGUUAUGCUAGCUGAAGUGCCAUCAGCAAGGCUUCGUGGUCUCACCAUCGCCUUGGCUACAGUUUCUGUUCAAAUCAUGUCCAUCGUGUUUGCUGUGGCUAUACCUUACGCCAUGAACGAGGACCAAGCUAAUUGGCGAGGCAAAAUUGGGUUCUUGUUCGCUGGUCUGGGGCUCUUAUGUGCACUCUACUGCUUCUUCUUCAUGCCCGAGACCCGAGGGAGAACCUUUCAAGAACUUGACAUGUUGUUUGAGCGAAAGAUACCGAGCAGAAAGUUUCAAACGUACAAGUUUGAUGCGGAGGUGGAGAGCUCACAAACUGUGUUUGUAGAGAAGUCAAAUGUUUAG